GCUUCACUGGAGGCGCUCAGACUCAGCAGCAGCAGAAGGGAAUGAAAAAGCACUAAGUGCUGGGGAGCUCUGCUGGAUUUGGAUCGUGGGAUGCUGAGGAAGCGCGGUCUCAUCGGUCACAUGUGGGCCGUUUUGUGAGGAUUUCUGUGCCAACCUUCUAAGGAACGCUGGAUGUGCCUGACCCCAGAGACACUGUUCAAGGAGCAUCAAGAGGAUUUUGACCAACUCCCCGUAAAGCACUGCACCCAUUCUCUGGGAUUCUACAGGUUCAAACUGGUGUUUUAAAGAUGACCACUAUGCAAAGGUUGCUGCAGCUGCCCGUCAACGCCGUGAACAUGGUGAAGACGGUGCAGAGUCAGGUCCAGGGGCAGGAGGAGGACAAGAGCCCCGUGCUGAGCCCUGACAACGGGCAGCAGACUUGGUACAGUGCCCUGCAGCCGGACGAGCUGCGCCACCUCCGAUCCGGGGGCACCGGGGGUGGCGGAGGCGGUGGAGGAGACCAGGAGGAACGAGGCUUCCAGGAGGACGGCGGUGGAGGUGGCAGCGGUGGAGGCAGCUUCCAAAGUCAGCCCCUACGGCACGACGACUUGAAGGAGAUGCUGGACAGCAACAAAGACUCCCUGAAGCUGGAGGCAAUGAAGCGGAUUGUGGCAAUGAUUGCCCGCGGCAAAAACGCAUCAGACCUCUUCCCAGCAGUGGUGAAAAACGUGGCGUGCAAAAACAUUGAGGUGAAGAAGCUGGUCUAUGUUUACUUGGUGCGUUACGCUGAGGAGCAGCAAGAUCUCGCCCUGCUCUCAAUUUCUACGUUCCAGCGUGGCUUAAAGGAUCCCAACCAGCUCAUCAGAGCCAGUGCCCUGCGAGUCCUGUCCAGCAUUCGAGUUACAAUCAUCGUCCCCAUAAUGAUGCUGGCCAUCAAAGAAGCUGCGUCAGAUAUGUCUCCGUACGUCAGGAAGACGGCUGCCCACGCUAUCCCCAAACUCUACAGUUUGGAUCCUGAACAAAAAGACCAGCUGAUCGAGGUCAUAGAGAAACUGCUGGCAGACAAAACCACUCUGGUGGCGGGAAGCGUUGUCAUGGCCUUUGAAGAGGUGUGCCCGGAGCGCAUCGAUCUGAUCCACAAGAACUACAGGAAGCUGUGCAACCUGCUGAUCGACGUGGAGGAGUGGGGGCAGGUCGUCAUCAUCAACAUGUUGACCCGCUACGCAAGGACCCAGUUCCUCAACCCCAACAUCAACGAGUCUCUGCUGGAGGAGGGAGGUGGCGGGGAGAAAACCUUCUACGGCUCAGACGAAGACGAGGACGAGGACGACGAGGAGAAGGAGAAGGAGAAGAAAGUGGAGGCGGCCGCCAUGGCCAAGAGGAAGCCCUACGUUAUGGACCCCGACCACCGGCUGCUGCUGAGGAACACCAAGCCGCUGCUGCAGAGUCGGAACGCUGCUGUGGUGAUGGCUGUGGCUCAGUUGUAUUUCCACCUGGCCCCCAAAGCAGAAGUCGGUGUGAUUGCCAAAGCGCUGGUCCGUCUGCUAAGGAGCCACAGUGAAGUCCAGUACGUUGUUCUUCAGAACGUGGCAACCAUGACCAUUAAAAGGCGGGGCAUGUUCGAACCAUACCUGAAGAGCUUCUAUAUCCGCUCCACGGACCCAACUCAGAUCAAAAUCCUUAAGCUGGAGGUUCUCACCAAUCUGGCCAAUGAGACCAACAUUUCCACUAUUCUCAGGGAAUUUCAGACGUACAUUAAAAGUAUGGAUAAAGAUUUUGUGGCGGCAACGAUUCAGGCUAUCGGUCGUUGCGCUACCAACAUCGGCGAGGUGAGAGACACGUGUUUGAACGGCCUGGUGCAGCUGCUGUCCAAUCGAGACGAGCUGGUGGUAGCUGAGUCGGUGGUGGUCAUCAAGAAGCUGCUGCAGAUGCAGCCAGAAAAGCACAGUGACAUCAUCAAGCACAUGGCGAAGCUGACGGACAACAUCCAGGUACCGAUGGCGCGGGCCAGUAUCCUGUGGCUGAUCGGAGAAUACUGUGAGCAUGUGCCAAAGAUUGCUCCAGAUGUCUUGAGGAAGAUGGCCAAGUCGUUCACCAACGAGGAGGACAUCGUCAAGCUCCAGAUCCUAAAUCUGGCCGCGAAGCUCUACCUCACCAAUUCCAAGCAGACUAAAUUGCUGACGCAGUAUGUUCUCAACUUGGCCAAGUACGACCAGAACUAUGACAUCCGCGAUCGGGCGCGCUUCAUUCGGCAGCUCAUUGUGCCCACUGAAAAGAGCGGAGCCCUCAGCAAGUACGCCAAGAAGCUCUUCCUCGCGCUGAAACCCGCACCUGUCCUCGAGUCUCCAUUUAAAGACAGAGACCACUUCCAGCUGGGUUCCCUUUCCCACCUGCUGAAUGCCAAGGCUGGGGGCUACCAGGAGCUGCCCGACUGGCCCGAAACCGCCCCCGACCCCUCCGUGCGCAACGUGGAGGUGAAGGAGUCUGUUUUUGCGCUGCUCGAAAGAGUCACAACGUUGACGAGCGUGCCUGAAUGGACCAAAUGCAGCAGCCGGGAGAAGAGGAAGGAGAAGAAAGUCGAGAAGCCGUUCUACUCUGACUCAGAGGGCGAGUCUGGGCCAACGGAGUCUGCUGAUAGCGAGUCGGACUCUGCCAGCGGCUCGGAGAGCGGCAGCGGCAGCGAGGGGAGCGGGACGGGUUCGGAGAGCGAAGAGAGUGAGGAGGCCUCUGUGUCUGAGGAGGAAGAUGAGGAGGAGGAAAAGAAAACCAAGAAGAGGGAAUCAAAGAAGCCAGUGCAGGAAAGCGAAAGUGAGCAGAGCAGCGAAGAGGAAGACAGGAAGCGUGAGAGGAAGAGUAAACAGCGGAAGAGCGAAUCAGAGUCGGAAUCUGACGAGGAGGAGGACAGCGAGUCUGACAGCAGCCAAUCAGAGUCCGAGGACUCAGAAUCUGAGGCUGAAAUCAAAAAGAAAAAGAAGGCAGCUGAAUCUAAACCUCCUUCCAAACCCGUCAAGAAAGACACCAAGAAAGAGAAGAAAGAAAUGUCUCUUCUUGACCUUGAUGAUUUUGAGCCGACUCCUUCGCCUCAAGUCACGCCCGUCAACAACUUGCUGUCCAACAGCCUUGUCACCGACCUGGAGGGCCUUUCGCUUUCCGACGCCGUCCUGUCACCAGCGACCAUCGCUCCCUCCAGCGCUCUGAAGAGCUACGAGCUGCUGCACCGCAUCACGGGCGAGGGUCUGUCGGUGGAGUACUGCUUCAGCCGGCAGCCGUUCAGCCCCGACGCAAACAUGGUGGCGGUCCAGAUGCACUUCACCAACAACUCCACGUCCGACACCAAGAACCUGCACAUGGAGGACGUGAAGCUCCAGUCGGGGAUGAGGGUCAAGGACUUCCCAGAGAUAGAGUUGCUGCCAGCCGGUGAGAAGGCCACGGCAGUGAUGGGCAUUGACUUCUGUGACUCAACACAAGCUGCCAACUUCCAGCUGUGCACGCACACCAGGAAAUUCUUCGUGUCCAUCCAGCCGCCGGUCGGAGAGCUGAUGAGGCCGGUCUUCCUCACAGAGAACGAGUUUAAAAAAGAGCAAGGUCAGCUGAUGGGAAUGAAUGAGAUUGCAGAGAAGCUAACCCUAGACGCCAAGUGUCGGAACGAGCACGCCAUCGUCCAGAGAGUGACCACGGCCGCCAACCUCAGCCGAGUCCCCUGUGGGUCAGACAAAGAGUGCAGUCCUCUUGUUCCUCCUCCUGAACAUCCUGUCUACAGGUUUGCUGGCAGAACGGUGACCAGUGGCAGUUUGGUGCUGGUCACUGUGGCAUCCAGGGAAGAGGGCGCGGCUCAGCUGAUGGUCAACUGUGAGAAAAUGCUGAUUGGCACAAUGCUGGUUAAAGACAUCCUCCUCGCUCUAACGCAGUGACGGCAAGCAGAGAUCCGGCUUGACUUGUGCUCCCUCACUCCGGCCGCCUCGUAAAUUCUGUUUAGGACCGGCAACUGCUCCAUGUUCUGUGUUCUCCAGCAAGCCACGAUGGAGAGAAAGCUUCGGGAGUGGGAAAAGAUCACAAGCCCUUAGUAUUUAAAAAGAAUCUGGCAAAUACUCUAUGCUGCAUUUGAAACCUAUUUUCAGAGAAGACAACUAUAUAUUCAAUCAAAUCAAAUUGUAGCAUAACAAAUUUAGCUGUUUAAUUAUCCUAAAUCCCAAGUAUUGUUAAAUAAGAUGAACUAAGGAAUAAAACUUGUUUCAUGGGCUUAUUCUUUUAACUCGUUUCCAGGAUGAACAAUGUAGCAAAAUGGAAAUGAAUGUUUGGAGAUUUUCUGCUGUGUUUGUACCCAUAGUCCACAUGCACAUUCAAUUUUUUGGUGAGAUUUUAAAAAUGCUUCCAAAAAGUGAAGAUUUUUUUUACUCUGUUUGCGGUGUAUUCGUGUGAACUGGUCAUCCGGAGAUAAGUAGAAAUAAUGAUUUAGAAGUCCAAUUGGCAAAGUAUUGCUUUCUGUUCUAGAAAUAACAGUGGAGCCAUAUUUCUGUUGCUUGUUUUCCCCUUACAUAUGGCUUGCUUUGUCCUGACUUUGUUUCCAUUAAACUGCUGGGAGGACGGGGUAAACAGCUGCAGCUGUUGAGGACGAAUCUUUAACCUUGCCCUGCUUUAGCCAUAACUUUACAUAACCAAAUGACUUAUGUUUGAAUAAAAUACACAUGCCCCACUACUAUAUGAUCAAACCCGCAUUUCCUUCUAAGAAGACAAGUUUUACAAAGUGUAAAAAAAUUUAAUUAGGUUUUUGAUGAAAAACAGCUAAAUGAUUUAUCGGCUUUGGGUGCUUAGCUUGCAAAAUAUCAACAUAAACCUGGAUCAUUCAUGUUUGCUAGAAUAAAUUAUAAUCAUUGACUACGAGCAGUAAAACACAGUAUGUAAAAUAAAGUUUGGGUUUUUAAAAAUAUAAACUGCUUAAGUUAACAGUCUGGUUACAGCAGGUAUGGGUCAUCCUGUCACUGAGAGCUAAGCAGAUGUAAAAUUUUACAGAUGUGGCAUUGUUAAAAUUGAGUGUUCAAGGGCUGUAUUGUAGUGUGUACUAUUUGUAUGCUAUGAGGUUGUACAUUUCUGUUUGAAAUUAAUAUAUCACCCCAAUAUUAAACUUCACAACCAGAUUUGAAAUACGGAUACAGCACAAUAAUCUGUCAGACAUUUACCAAAAGUAGCAGGAAAUAAUUUUGUUUUGCUAAAAGCAUUGUCCUCAAAAACAAAACCUUGUUCCUGGAAAAACACCCCAAAAAAUAAAAUGAAAAAUAAACGACAUUUCCAUAAAAUGCUCCAAAUUAAUAUAGGCAGCCAAUGUUAAUAUUUUCAACAAAAAAAUAAUAAGUAUAACCAGCACAUUUUCAAAUUAACAUCUUGUUCGUUUUAGGUUAAUUAGCCUCUGUAGCUAAAAGCUAACAAAUAGUUAGCUUAGCUUAGCAAAUAACUAACAGCACAAAAGAAACACACAAAAUGUUACAUGGAAAUGAGUGAGCUUUCGUUUUAAUGAAAGAUUGCCCUGGUAAUCUCUAAACAGACUCAAGGUAGCAGUUUGCCCCUUUUUUCCACUUUUGUUGGUAAGCUAUGCUAACAAGCUAACAGUCUGCUGUGUUUCUGCUGAGUGAAAAAUACAAGUCCUGUCUUACUUUUAGCAAACUAGCAAGAAAUAAAUCUUUACAUGACAUUUCAAAUGUAUCGAAAGGCUUAUUGGUCAAUAUAGUUUUCUAAAAGGUUUUUACUUAAAUAUAGUCAAGUACUUCAAGGUAUUAUUAAAACCCCGUUGGGAAAUUUUGUUUUCAAACUCAGUGGCAAAGAACAAAUUUACUACCUAAAUAAUUUUCAGGUCAGCGUUCAUGCAGCUUAUUUUUUGUGAAGCUUUAGAAGUCCAUUACAUUAUUCUUUAUUCGUUGGAUGUAUUUACUUUUGCCCUUGGGAAACAAAGUCAGGAGCAAAGGCAACGUAAUACAAUAAAAUCUAAGCAGUCGUGGACAGAGUACAUAUUCGGUUACCGCCCUUUUUUGCUUUGGUUGCCAGUAAUCCUAAAACUUCCUGUUAUAGCAGCACAGUCACAAUGAGGAAUGUACAGAUAAAUAAAUACUUGUUUAAUGUAAAAACCCUAACGAAAAAGAGCUUUUUUUUCCACAGAAAACAUUGGGUAAACAAUCUCCUGCAAAUUUCCACGUGGUCCUUCCUGUCAUCUCCAGUGGCUUUUACAUAUACAAAGUAUGGUUUAUCAUACCCUGUGUGCAGUUGUGAAUUGUAAUCUUGAGGUAUUGCAAGUUUAUAUAUUGUACAAAUAAAAGUGCAGAUCAAA